GAGCAAAUAAAGUAAGUAAAUACUCAAAAUCUUAAACAAACGGCACGUAAUUCAAAAUUUCUCUUUUUUCGCUCUCUCUCUCUCUCUCUCUCUCCCCCUAAAGAAUCCAUCUUUUUCAGAUUCUUUCAGUCAUUCCGUUUGUUUUGUGUUCGAAAGCGAAUUUACUUGUGCAGUCUCCCAACCCAAAAUUCACUCUUUGUCUGCAACCUCUCUGAAUAUCUCUCUCUUCCUCUCAUUGCCUGCCAACCACUUUGUUUGCUUUAUCUUCUUCCCUUUCCUAUAAGAUUCUUAUUCCUCCAUCUCUGCAAUUUUUUUCUUCAAUUUUCGUUGCUGAGGUCGCAUCAUUUCUUCCAUUUCUCAAUUGGGUUUGCUCAAUUUUUACUUCAUUCAAAAACCCUUUUUUUUUCCCGCGCACCCAUCAAUUCUUGUUCUUUGUCCUUUUUUCCACUUACCCUUUUGAGAUUUUUCUGAGUUUUUUCUAAGUUCAUGGAAUGCUGGUGUUAAUUUCACCGUCUGUAAAAUUUAUUUACAUUUUUUAUCGGAAAGUCUAACGGAGACUUGGUGGGUAAUGGUGAAUUUGUAAUGGGUGGCGGUACCGGUGGAAGAGUGGAAGUGGUGAAGAGCAAUGGUUGCUCUUGGCUGUCUGUUGGGUUACCAUCUCCAUUGCCUUCCUCUAAAGCUCUGCAACCAUUUGAGCCAGCAUCGCCGGCCGUAUCCUCUGUUGGGUCGGAGGCGGUGGCUCGAUCAGGCGGCGGACCCUUUGCCGGCCUUGUUAUCUGCGUUACUGGCCUAUCCAAAGAAGCAAGGAAACAAGUCAAGGAAGCAACUGAGAGAUUAAGUGGCCAGUAUAGCACUCAGUUGGAUCCUCAAUGUACCCAUUUGGUGGUCCAAAGCUUCGGUGGACGCAAGUUUGAGCAUGCUCAGAAGCAUGGAUCAAAAAAUGGUCUGUCUAUUGUUACCAUUGGAUGGUUUGUGGAUAGUGUUAGGAAGAAUGUGAGGCUGAGUGAAUCACUUUACAGUAUCAACAGUUUUGGGGAGAAUGGUAUGCGUUUAAAUGAGUUGAAUAGGUUCGUUGGGUUAAUUGGCACGGAAAACACUUGUCUUCCUGUUGGUGUUCGUGGAGCCAAGCAGUUGGACACGAUUGAAGAACCACGUUUUUCCUUUCCCGGAAGAGAGUCUACCAGAAAUACUGACUCUAGUCACUCUACUCUGUCUGGUCACUCCAUGUAUGUCGACUUAGACAUUUCAUCUGAACUGAGGAAAAAGGUUAUGGAGGCUGCUAGUAGAGAGGGUGCCACAUUUGUAGAUCAAUGGUUUGUUGGUUGUAAAGCCAGUCAUGUAGUGUGCGAAGGGUCUUCUAGUCGUAAAUAUCUUGGCCAUUCAAGCAAUAUCGUUACACCACUGUGGGUUUUGAAAACAGCCAAAGAGAAGUGUGUGCAACGGCUUGUGCACAUGUCUGCAGAUUUGGCCAGACAAGUUGGUACGAUGCUUGAAGAGUUGCAGAAUGGCAUUGCAGAUGGGGAAACAGAUGAGGGAAAAGUCCCUGAAGAUGUUCAAGUUUAUAGAAAUAAACCAAGCCAUGAAAAGAGACAACAGAUUGUGAAUUCUGCUAAAACUGGGGUCAGAAAUCGUCGCGGCCUUCAUAUGCAGACUUGCCAAACGCCAAUGCGUCCAAUAACCCCUAUCAGCCUUUUGGAUUCAAUCUGCUGGUCAAUAUCUGAACCAACAUCAACGGCUUCAAUCUACACCGAAAGUGUCAGUGUUGAAGAUGGUAGCGAACAUCAUACAUCUGUAUUCUUUGAUGCAAAAGGUGAUGGAAAGGAUUCCGAAGCUUCAUUUGCAAACUUAACCAGACCGCUCAAGGAAAGUGAGAAAUCUGAAUUGAUAUUCAAAAACCAUUUUCUUACUAUCCUGUUUCCUGUCGACCGAUUUGCUGAGAUGGGGCCAUCUUCUAGAACAUUUGUCAGCGAUAACGGGUUCACAUGCUUGCAGGUGUUGGAUCAUAUCUAUGCAUUUUAUCAGGAGAACAUGUCAGCCCUUGAAAUAGAGUCUGCAAUACACACAGAUUCAAGGCAUGCUGAUCGGCUUCGAUCGGUGUACUCCAGUAAAGAAACAGAAGAACGCGGUUACGCAAUUUUUAGGCGGAUUGACUUUCUAGGCAGUCGUAAAAGUUUUGAAAUGUUGAAGCGCGUCAACGGAGAGAACAGCAGCAAUGUGUAUGAGCUGUUAAUUAGAGCCUAAAGAUCAUCUUCCCCUCACUUCCUCCAAGUCUUGAAGGGGCUCAAACUAAAGUUCUUCAAGGCCAUGAUUUGGAAACUUCUGCCGUCCUUAUUAAUAGAUUUUUGAAGUGCUAAUAAUAGUUAUUUCUUUAUAUAGGAUUUUACGAGAUUAUAGCUACUUCAAAUGUAUAAAAUUUGUGUGCGUAACAAGUUUUGGAUGAGUAAAUUCCCCCAACAUUUGUAGUUUUUACCAAAGAAAACAUAUGAAUUGAUACAUGAAUAUCCCGAAAUACCAAGUCUCAUUACCUUGGUUGCUUUUA